GAGCCAAGCCCCGCCCCUCCGGGCGUGCCGCGGUGACGUCAGUGACCCACUCCGCCGCAGCGCCCUCGCAGGCCGCGCCGCCACAGGAGCCGCUCGCCGGCCCCGCCGCCCUGGCCGCCAUGCCGUCGGACCGGCCCUUCAAGCAGCGCCGCACCUUCGCGGAUCGUUGUAAAGAAGUGCAGCAGAUCCGAGAGCAGCAUCCCAACAAAAUCCCGGUCAUCAUCGAACGCUAUAAAGGGGAGAAACAGCUGCCAGUGUUGGACAAGACCAAGUUCCUUGUCCCAGACCACGUCAACAUGAGUGAAUUGGUCAAAAUAAUCCGGCGUCGCUUGCAGCUGAAUCCCACCCAGGCUUUCUUCCUGCUGGUGAACCAGCACAGCAUGGUGAGUGUGUCUACCCCCAUCUCGGAGAUCUACGAGCAAGAGAAGGAUGAGGACGGCUUCCUCUACAUGGUCUAUGCUUCCCAGGAGACCUUUGGCUACUGAAGCCUGCUGAGAGGUGGCAUGUGGAGAUGGAUGAACUGUGGCAUAAAGGCCCCUGGCCUUGGAAGACAACACAACCAGAGGCUGGCAAGAGGAGGACUGUGCUGAGUCCCUUUUUCUUCUUCUCUCCCCUUCCCAUCGCCCUCUCACCAAAGAGGCUCGUGGCAUGUGUUGGACUCACACAACCCUUCACCUCUGUGUAGAUCAGUCCCGCUCCCUCCACACACAUGCAGCCAAGUGCAGACACUUGUGUGUGCACACGUGCGGCCUCAGCUUCCCAUUGCAUCCCCUUGGUGUAACCUGCAGCUGCUCUCACUGUGCUCUCUGUGUGUGUGUGUGUGCGUUUGUAGCCUGCUGCCAAGACAGCUCAGCCAGGGAUGGAGAGAGGACAGUACACUGUCCCCUUGGCUUCCAGCACAGGGAGAGGAGCCACCUCCCCUCCAAGACACUAAUGAAGGGCAGGAGGUCUGCAAAAGCAGCAAAAGAUGUUCCCAUUGCUCCCCAGUUUUAAUUGAUUUAAUUACACCCAUAUCAGAUUCUUGGUGCUACUGAGUAGAUGUAGGCGUCUCUAUAGGACUGUGGAUAAUGUAUAUCCUUUAGAUUUAUUUUAUUGUUUUCUCGUUUGUGGUUUGGUUUUGGGUUUUUUUUAGGGAUAGAUUGGAAUGGGGAUGGGGGGGGAUAUCUUUCCUGUAUUCUGUAGGUAAAUAAAUCAGGCUUCAUUGCACUUUAAAGCAUAGUAGAUGUCAGAGUGGAACUUACUUUUAAUUUAUACAGGUUUGCCAUAUAUAGUGCUGCUCCUCUGUUGACAGUUGUACCUAGAUUGUCUUUGGGGUUUCGUUUUUAAUAAAACUGAUUUCCCUUCUCUCUGUCUGCCCAUUGCAUGCAAUUUUUCAGUCUCUGUGUGGCAAAGAGUUCAUUCAAGGAAUGUACUGAUUUAUAUUUGCUAUGUUCCUGUUCCUGUUUCUCAUGUAUUAUACCAAAAAAAUGUAUAUGAUAAAAUCCCACCCAGUUUAAUCUAUACAAAGGUAUAUAUAUAUAAAUAUAUAUAUAAAAUAAACAUAAAUUCAA